CGGCCGGCCGGCGGAGGCGAAGGAGGGUGCGCUGUUGGCCCGGGGACCCAGCUCUAGAGGCCCGGCUGCUCCCCGAGAGGCGAUGGAGGAGGAAGGGGUAAGAAACUUCAAGGAACUUCGAGCCAAAUUUCAAAACUGUGAUGCUCCACCUCUUUUAGGGCCUAUUAAAUUCACAGCAAGUGUGUCUCAAAAGGGCGACACUGGAUGCACAUGGCCAACCCCAAGUUUGGCCCCUGGGAAACCCCACCCAUCCAACCACAACUGGCCCCUGUCACAUGAUUCUGGCGGUGAGUCUCAGGCCCCUCAAACCCAGCACAUGAAGUUGACCCAGAGGACUAAUAUCCAGAAGAGCCCAAGUUCUCCAGGACUUUUAGCAAAGUCAACCGCGUGUUCUCCAAGAAAUUGCCAGGUAGCCUCUCUGCUCCUAGAUGUGAAUCAACCGAAUGCUGAGACGAACAGCGAGGAGAAAGGAACAGUGGCCAGUAGCUUCCAAGACAAGCUCAGGAAGUGGGAGAAGGUUUCCUCUCAGAAGGGUGUGACAUUCUCAGCUCUGCUCCUCGCUGGUGGUGGGGAUAAGGCCUUCUGUCCAGAAAAGCAAAAAAGCACAAGGCUUCUUCCAGAUAGACCGAGGGGAAAGAUUCAAACAAAAUGGGCCCAGACACUCCCUUCCCAGAAGGAGCUGGCCCAAAGAAAAGUACUCCCCACCUCUGAAAUGCCUCCCUCUCUACAUUCCCAAGCCAUCAGGAAGAGCCAGGAAAAACCCAGUGUUGCUAGAAGCUCAGCGGGUGGUCCCUGUCAGCCUGUUUAUGAACGUGAGCUGGCCAUUCCAGCCCCAGCAAACCCACGGGACACCAAGCAUCCCCAGCUCCUCAGAACAAAGCCACUGCCUCCCAUCAGGUCUCUCGGUCCUGCUCCCCCAAAGCCUCCAAAGCCCCCAGCUGUAGAUCUCCAGGCCUUCCUGAGGCAGCCAGCUGCUCUCACUGAGACCCAAGAGAAAGUGGACGUGAGAGAAGCCCACGGUCCUCCAGAGAGCACUGAAUUUGAAGAACCACAUAAUUAUGAGGCAACAAUUUCAUAUCCGAGACACUCUGGCAACUCCAUUAACCUGUGCACUGUGGAAGAAAUUGCUGAUUCAACUUAUGAAGUGGGAAUUGAAGAACUCCAAAAGCCUUGGAAGAGUUUUCUUCAUCAAGAACUUCGCCCUAAACAUGAAGAUGAAGAUAAACACAUGCAGGAAAAAGAGCCACGUGAACAGGAACAUCAAAAACCAGCGCAGGAACCACAUUCACAGCAUCCUUUCAAGGUAGAUGUUUAUGAGGUGACACCAGAAGACCUCCAGAUGACCAGCGUCCACAGAAACAGAUGCAGCAUGGUGGCUCCACCACAGGGAACCAUGGCUGACAAAGUGGAAGCAAAGUCUUAUCCUGAGGAUGUGAACCUGGCCAGGUGCUCCCAAGACCAGGGGGGCUACGUGGAGACUUUGGAGCUGACUGCACACACCCAGGACCCGGUGGCCUUGAAGUCGCUUUCCAUGUCACAGGCCACAUAUGAUGAUGUGGAUUGCCUCAGGACAGAUAUAUCCAAGUCGGACUUCUCUAGCUUAUUCACCUCAAAUAGUGUUUCAGAAGAAAGUAGUGAAGAAAUGUAUGAGGAUGUCUACAAAACAAAGAGCAAUCCUCCCCAAAUAGAUUUAGAUGGAAAAGAAGCACUUAAGAGACUGCAGCAAUUUUUCAAAAAAGAAAAGGAUAGAUUUAAAAUGAAGGCAAUCAAGUCAAAAGAAAAUUUAAGGGCAUUUUCAGUUUCACUGCCUGAUUUACAACUUAGGUCUCAGGAAGUUAUUAUCUACGACGACGUGAACACAAUUGAAGGAGAAUCAAAUGACAAAGAUAAAACGAAAACUUGGAGGCCCAAUUUUCUUAUGCCAAGAAGAAAAAAAGACAAAAACAGUCCUAAAGGAUCAGAAAGUUUUUCUCCUAGAAAUUUCUUCAGAACCAAGAAGCAAAACUACUUAGAAAAGAAUAGAGUAAGAGAAGAAAAGCUUUUUAGACAACGAUUUCAGUAUAACAAAGAAAUUACCAUCAUCAACAGAGCAGUGGUAUGUUCCAGUAAUUCAAGAAAUGGAAUAUUCGAUUUGCCAGUAACUCCUGGGGAAGAACUGGAAGUCAUUGACACCACUGAUCAAAAUCUAGUGAUAUGUCGCAACUCAAAAGGCAAAUAUGGAUACGUCCUCAUUGAACAUCUAGACUUCAAGCACCAAGGAUGGUCCCCCUAGGAAGGUCAGGACCUGAAGGGAAGGCCUGUGUGAGUGAUGAGGAGUCUACCACCUGACCCUGCCUCGCAGCAGUUCAGUCAAAAGGAGAUGGAGUCUCUGGAAACUUUGGGAAUGCAGAAGAGAAGAACGAACACAAAACUUCAACAUUUAAUGUGGGUUUUACGCCUAAAAGUUUGUCUCUCCAUGUUUAUUUCACUGCUGGUUCAGGAGAAUGUGAAAAAGCGUGUGUUCAUCCUGGAGCACUUGCUUAAUGAGCAGUAUCUCAGCUUAGCAAUCAUGCCUCCUGGCACUUACUCAGCUGUGCAGAUGGCUGACUUGCUUUGAUAGUAAUUUCUAGAUGUUGUGCCACAAUUAAAUUUGGGCUAAUUCUCAACAGCAAAUGUGGCCCAGGUCUAUUAAGUACUCAAAUUUAAGGUGCCAUCUUAAAAUAAUUAUGGCUCAGUCUUUGAUAUUUUUAUAGGUAUAAGUGUCCUUUUGCUUCAUCACAAAAAUCAAACUGGGUAAAUGCUGUUCAAAGUCAGUUGUUUCGGGGAAUAGUGUGCUGAAAAAUAACUUAUUCCUAAAUUCAACCAAUGUUUUAAGAAAUGUCUAAAAACAUUUAAAGUCUAACACACACACAUACACAUUCUGUAUUACUUUAAACCAUCUUGGUGCCUAAAAUAAGAAAAAUUAUUUUAUGUUCAAAAACCUGUUUAAAUACAAUUUAUAUGUGCUUUCAUUUCACCAAAGUAAAUAUAAAUUAAAAAGCAGAGCUGUAGGUAACGUUUAUUAUAUUUUUACGUGAUAUGCACUGCACAUCAAUGAGAUAAAUUCUACAUAUGAAUCCAACUUUUUAAAUUGUAGUUUUAUUUCGACUGAAAAACUGAAGAACUGCAUUAAGUUCUUUAAGCAGGGUGAUUCUGGCUUUUAAAGGUACAGUAUAAUGGAAUUUGUUCCUAUAGCUUCAUCCUUUAUAAUUUGAGACUAUACUUUUGCAAGUUCCAAAAGGGGCUACGGAGCAGCUUCAUUCUGAAGACACAGAGACGGAAAAUCCAGGCUCUGCCUAUGGGUGACAGAAGAGACUCACGGCAAAUGGAGUGCAGUGAGUCUGGUGGGAAAUGGGUGCUUGCUAGGAUGACACAGGGUACGCCUGAACUUUUUCUUCUAGCAUGGAAAGCCACUGAAGUGUUAAGCAGGAGAGAAAUGCCAGCCAUCUGGGAAGCAGAGAGACAAUCACAGCAAUGUGGAUAAUAGAUUAAGAGACUAUUUUUUCAAUAUUCUCAGCAAAGGACUUUAACUGAAGACAGCAACAUCAGAAAUACAUAGUACAGAAACCACAGCAGAGACAAAGGAAGCAUCAUGUUUUGAUGCCUGAUUACAUACAGAGCUUACGUAAGGAGCAGAAUGAGGGAAUGAAAUGACUGUGAGGCUUUUUUGGAAAGUGCUACUAAGGCUAAUGCAAAAUUCUGGUAAGUUAUUUCUGCUUGGAAGUCCUAAAUUAAAUUUGCCAUACAGCAGGCAAUGACAGGAUUCCUUCUAGGCCAGGACCUGUUACAGCAGGCACUGAUAGAAGUAUAGCCCAGGGCAGUGGUGGUGAAGCCCUGGCACCCAUGUGGCAGGGGACUAUUCUCACCGAAAGCUCUUGAAAGGUUCACCAGCACUGGCCUAGGAGCAAAGAAGUGAGUCAGACAGGCCAUGUUCAACAGAAGCUUUUCCCGAGAUAAUCCCGUAAAGAGAAACACUGAACCAUGUAUCAUUUGGGCCACGUCUCAGUCACUUUCUCUUCUCACAGCUGGGACAAAAAUAGCCAACAUACACAAAUUAAACCAGAGGUUUAUUUUGGCUCACAUGCUUUAGAGGAUUCAGUCCAUAGUUGGCUCCAAGGUAAGAAGGGAAUGACGGACAGCCUGGGGGAAGAAUGCUGCUCACUUCAUGCCAGCCAGGAAGCAGAGAAGGGAGAUACAUCCUCCCAGGUCACCCCAGGGUCCUGCCUCUCAGCAGGCCCCUCCUAACAGCAAGCCAGCUAUAGUGCCCCAUGAUCGAAUCACUUCCCAAAGCCCCAUCUCUGAACACAGGAGGCUUUGGGGGAUGUUCUAGACCUAAACAUAGCAUGACUUCACCAAACAACAAAGCUUUUAAAUUCUAAGCAGCACUGUGACAAAACUGAACUGAACUAGGUCUGAUCCAUGCCCUUUCACUCACCACAGGGUUUCUGUUCUAAUUCAGUGACUCAAGUUUCUUGGGUCUCAAUUUCCUCAUUAGUACAAUCGAGCUAAAAAUACUUGUCUACUUCACAGCAUUGUUGUAAUAACAAGUGUUCUUAAAUGCUUAAUACUAUGUUAGUGUUACUGUUGUGCCCGGCCUUCUCUGGAGUUUGGAAGAUGCUGAAAAUGAAAAAGACAUUUUAAAAAAUUAAUUAUCUUAAAAGAACGACUGGUAUAUAACUUACAUAGACACAGAAAAAUGUUUUUAAAAUCAAAUAUUUUUACAGUAUAAACCAUUUGGCCUAAUAUAAACUAUUGCCUAAUUAUGGAUAUAGUAUAGGUUUUCAGAAAAACUGCUUCUAUCGCAUAUCCGUACUUAAUAUGGUUUUGUUUCUAGUUCACUAAUACAAGCCACAUUCUCAAAAUCGAAGGAUUCAAACCAAAUGUUAUUGAUAUGCAAUGUUUUCAAAUGUAAACACUGUAAGACUUCAGUGAUGCCCGAGCCAAUGUUGUCUGUCUCUGAGAAAACAAUCUGGCACAAAUACUCAAUGAAGAGACUUUUUACUUUAAUUUUAUAUUAAAAGAUAGCACACAAAGGCUCUUGAUCCUAACAAAGGCUAUACUGGCUCACUCAAAAGUUAAUGUACAGCGUGUUAGCGUUCUGUCUCUGUGAUAAAAUACCAGUGAUCAUCAACUUGGAGAGGUUUGCUUCAGCUCACAAUUUCCGAUGUUUCAGUCCAUGGGUACUUGGUGCUAUUGCUCCUGGGCAUGUGAUGAGGCAGCACAUCCAGUGGGAAUGCUGAGCAGAGGAAGCUGCUCACCUCAAGGCAGCCAGCAAGGACAGACAGAAAGCCAGGAAGAGACAAGGUCUCCACAGCACACUCCCUGAGACUAACCUCUUUUCACUCUGCCUUACCAGUUAAAGAGCUAUGGGCACCCAGGAGCAUACCUAGGGAGUAGGGGUUUAAGAGCCAAAAGGUUACAACAGGCAGCAGCAAAGACUUGCCUUCCACUUCUGAAUACCUCUGUGAAGCACUCCAAGAUGUCCUCCAAGAUGACACAGCAUAUCUAUGAACAUGUGAUGUGAUUUUGCAAGAGAUUUUAUAUAUGGAGUUAAAGUUGUUAAUGAGUUGACCUUGAAGUGGGGAGAUAUCCAACAGUAUCUAGGUGGGCUAAACUUUAUUAUCACAUGGACCCUUACAACUGGAAGAGGAAGGCAGAAGAGUUAGCUGGAGAGUCAGAGAAGUGGUGCAAGAGGAAGGAGAAAUCCCAAGCGUGAACUCCAUGCCAGCUUUGAAGAUAAAGGGAGUCAUGUGCCAGGGAAUGCCAGUGGCUUCUUGAAGCUGUAAUGCCUAGCCCACACGCAGAAAGGAAACAGGUCCUGUUGUACCAUGGAAUGAAAUUCUGCCAACAAUCUGAACAAACCUGGAAGCAGAUUCUCCAAUCAAUGCUUUAGUUUUCAGCCCAUCAGACUUGAAGCAGAAAAAAUAAUUAAGGCCACCGCAUUUCUGGCUGGAAGAUCAUAAAUUUGUGUUAAGUCCUACAGUUUCUAGAAAUGUGUUAUAGCACAACAGAAAACUCACCCAAUGCCUAAAGUUAAAAAGUACAAUAUGAAACAAUAAAAAUGAACAAAGACGGUGUGAAAUCUCCAAUCAUAAGUAAUGUUUUCAUAAACAGCCCUGGCUAGCUAUUAGCUGACAUGAAGAAUAUUAGCUUAAUAAAAGAAAUGAAAACA